GCGAGCGAGAGGCGAAAAAGGGGAAAGAAAGGAAGAACAAGUGUGAGGAGUAGAGCAGCGGAACAAGCGAGAGGUUUCUUGCGAUUCGCCGGUCGUUCGAGGUUGAUCGGCGAGGAUUUGAUCGGGGCGGUGAUGGGGGUGAGGGAACCGGUGGCGAUGGAGAUACCGCUGGAGGAGGGCGCGGCGGCGAGGGUGCCGCCGCGGAUCAGGAGGAGGCUGCUCGAGGGCAGGACCGCCGGCGGCGGAGGCGGCCAGACCAGCGCCGAGGAGAUCGAGGCCAGGCUCAAGGAGGCGGAGCAACGGAGACAGCAAUUCUACGAUUGGUUGUCCUGCAAAGCAAGGAAGAAGCCACGGAGCCCGUCGUGGUCAUCUCAAGAGGAGGAUUACGGACAGCGCCUCGAAGCCAGGCUUCAGGCAGCUGAGCAGAAAAGGCUAAGCUUCUUGGCCAAGGCACAGGACCGGCUGGCCAAGUUGGAUGAACUCCGACAAGCAGCUAAGAAUGACGUCGAACUGAGGUUCGAGAAGGAGAAGGAAGAGCUCGAGACUAGAGUCGAGUCUCGUGUCCGGCAGGCAGAGGAGAACCGUAUGCGCCUGCUGAAUGCAGAUAUGGAGAGGCGGGCCGCACUCAAGGAGAGAACCGCAAAGUCCCUGGUGCAGAAGGCAACAUCUGAUAGCAAGCACACGGAGCAGGUGCGCUCUGCUAUAAUGCGAAAGCGUGCUGCAGCUGAGAAGAAACGGCUGGCAUUGUUAGAAGCUGAGAAGAGGAAGGCUCAUGCUCGGCUCGCGCAUAUUCAGCGGGUAGCCGAGACCGUGUGCAGCCAGAGGGAAACAGAGAGGAUUAAACUUAAAGAACAUCUGGAUAGCAAACUUCAGAGGGCGAAGAGGAAGAGAGCUGAGUACUUGAAGCAGCGCGGAAGUCCUCGCAGUUCUGCCCAUGCCGAUUACAUCAAGCAUGCAGAUUUCCUUUCAAGAAAGCUGGCGAGAUGCUGGAGAAAUUUUGUGAAGUCCCAGAAGACAACACAUGCCUUGGUUCAAGCUUACAAUGCCUUGGGAAUUAAUGAAAAAUCUGUCAAGUCAAUGCCAUUUGAGGAAUUAGCUAUGUCGAUAGAAUCUCCCGCAGCUCUUGGGGCCACCAAAGCAUUACUUGACCGGUUGGAGAAAAGGCUGAUUGUAGGUUCGUCAACCGCGGAAAAUAUUGACCAUCUACUGAAGCGCCUUGUGUCUCCAAAGAGAAAGACACCUCAGAGUAGAACAAGGGUUGCAGCAAAAAGGCCAGCAAGAACUUCUGAACCAAGCAGGCCGUCGAGGUACUCACCGAGGGUGGUACUCUGUGCUUACAUGAUCCUGGCUCAUCCUGGUGCUGUUUUAAGUGGACAAGGUGAGCAAGAGAAACUUCUGAUGGAGUCGGCAGCAAACUUUGUCAGGGAGUUUGAGCUGUUGGUUAAGACAGUACUUGAGGGACCAGGAAGAGCCUCAAGGCACCCAUCCCUUGAUACUGAUGCUGCUGAAUCAUCCAGUUGCCAGAUGCCUUCUCAUGUUACUGGUCAGAGUAAAUUCAGGACACAGUUGGUUAGUUUUGACAAAGCGUGGUGCAGUUAUCUUUACCGCUUUGUGGUGUGGAAAGUAAAAGAUGCAAGAUCACUGGAGGGUGAUCUUGUUAGGGCUGCAUGCAAGCUUGAGCUAUCAAUGAUGCAAACAUGCAAGUUAACAUCAGAUGGGCAGUCACAAGACCUUACCCAUGAUAUGAAGGCGAUUCAGAAUCAGGUCACUGACGACCAAAAACUCCUCAGAGAGAAGGUUCAGCAUCUGAGUGGUGAUGCAGGCAUUGAGCGUAUGAACUCUGCUCUCUCAGAUAUGAGGUCGAAGUUCUUUGAAGCGAAGGAGAAUGGAAGUCAAUUGGCAACACCGGUUGCAAAUGUAUCAACGCCUCUGAGUAUUAAUCCGUCUGGGCAGCUCCCACCUGCUGAUGUUAAUGUCAGUUCCAAGGCAGAUGCAGGAGGGUUUGGAGCUCCUUCAGCAAGCAGUACAUCACCAGUGAGUUUGCCGACAGAUAAUGAGCAAAUGGUCAAUGAGAUGCUUCAUGAGAACGGUGGUGCAUUUGCUGUCAACUCUGAUGAUGCCAGUACCAUCGAGAAGGAUUUCCAAGCUAGAGUGAGAGAAACCAUGGAGAAAGCUUUCUGGGAUGUUGUUACUGACUCAAUGAAAGGAGACAAACCUGACUACAGCCAACUUAUCAACCUGGUAAAGGAAGUGAGGGAUUCGUUGCACGAUUUGGCUCCCAAGGGAUGGAAGGAGGAAAUCCUGGGGAACAUUGACGUCGAAAUUUUGACUCAGGUACUUGAGUCAGGUUCCCAGGACACGCAAUACCUGGGGCAGAUUAUGCAUUACUCCCUGGAUAUGGUUAGAAAACUAUCUGCUGCUGCAAAGGAGGAUGAGAUGAAGAAAAGUCAUGACAAAUUAUUGAGCGAGUUGGCUGCAAGUUCUGAAGUUAAUGGCAAUGGUGUCAGCUCGUUUGUUAUUGCUGUCAUCAAGGGCCUGCGUUUCACUCUGGAGGAAAUAAAGGAACUGCAAGCAGAAGUGAGCAAGGCACGUAUUCAGAUGAUGCAACCUAUGAUAAAAGGCUCUGCUGGAGUGGAGUACCUGCAGAAGACUUUCGGAGAUCGCUAUGGACCUCCUGCCAGUGCACCAGCUUCCCUCCCUGCUACUCUGCAAUGGGUUUCAGCAUCAAAGAAUAUGGUGGAUGCAGAAUGGAGUGAACAUCUGGGCUCUCUUUCAGUUCUGCCAGCAGCGGAUCAUGCUCAGCCCCUUGUUACAGUGCUCCGAGCUGGCCAUGGAGCUCCAGGGGGACAAACUGCUUCCUUGUCUGCAGCAGGUAGUUCAGGUUUACCAGAGUGCACAGGAGAAAAGGUUGACAAGCUGGUGAGGAUUGGCUUGCUGCAGCUUAUUGGUGGUAUGGAGGGGUUGCAAUUGCAGUCAACUCCUGAGAGCUUCCAUCUCAACUUUAUGAGAUUGAGGGCCGUCCAGGGCCAAUUCCAAGGAGUGAUUGUGAUGGCUACAAGCAUGCUCGUCCUGCGCCAAGUCUUGAUGAGUGAGAAUCCUAAGAUAACUCCCUUAGAGCUGGAGAACAUCAUCUCAGAACUCUUCGGCACUCUGGUGAAGCUGCUGGACAACUCCCGCGAGGCAGGCACCGAAGACAUCGUGGAGGCGAUGAUGAGCUCAUCGGCCUCAGCUGGCACUUCAUCAGAUGAGAAGAUCCAGAGCAGGAGGCAGAUAAUAACCCGGGUGUUCCUUAAGAGCCUCCAGGCCGACGAUGUGGUCUUCAAGAAGGUCUCCCGGGCUGUCCACUGCGCCUUCCGCGGCGUCGUCCUCGGCGGCAGCGGCCUCAAGGGCCAGAAGCUGGCAGAGGCGGCCCUGCGCCGCGUCGGUGCGGGGAAACUCGUUGACCGGGUGGUGAAGGCCGCCGAAGUGCUGAUCAGGGUGGCGACUGUCUCGGAGAAGGUCCAUGGCCCGUGGUACAAAGCGCUCGCCUGAAUAUGAUUAGUCUGGUUGCUUGUGAAUACGCACGAUGGGGUGUAAAUUGUUAUCCCACUGGAUUGGCACUGCUGUACAGCGAUUAUAUAGGUGUUGCUUAGUAGGUUAGUUUAAGGAAUUCUUGGUUCAGGGCGAAUAUGGAUGUCCCUGCACUAGGAUUUAGUCAGGGUUCAGAGAUGCUCAAUUGCACAUCUGAGGCCCCUGUGUCAUGUGGAUGAUGGGGCGGUCGCUCUAAUAGAACGAAAUAAUGUGAUGAAUUGUCUAUGCUGUAAAUAUAUCGUUAAUUUGAGCAUAUUAUUA